AUGAAAGCAGACUCAUCGAGCCGGACAAACAAGAAGCAAUCAUUGCAUGACAGCUUCACGAAACUGCUGGUUGUGACAAAGCGUACCGUCACUCUCCGAGAAACCCCUCGCUCGAGUUUUCACGAGCCUCUAGUUAUUCCGGAGCUCACAAUCAAAAUUUGCACUGAAGCAGUUUACAUUCAGAUAGCUGUUUUAAUGCAGAAGGUUGUCCAUCAGCUGUCGAUUUCUUGUCCUCAUAAACAUGCUUCGCGUUUGCGUGAUGUACAAAGAUGCAAUAUGGUAAGGCUAAAACCAGCCCACAUGGAACGCGAGAUGUAUCUGCCCUUGAGAAUCGUCAAAUGUGAAACUCAACCCUUGCAAGCAAUGACCAUAUAA